AUGGGGAAGCGGACAAGCGCCUCGGCGCUAGCUGCGCUUGAGGUUCCUGGGCCAUUCCGGACGGAGGCACUUCAGUCCGACGAGAAGAUCAGUAUUUACGAGCGUUAUCAAGACCGGCAAACUUCUGCAGAGAUCACUGGCGACACCGUAUUUGGACACCCCUGGAAUCUAUCUCGUCCUGAGCGAUUGGCAGCACAACGUCCUCCUGAUCACACAGUCAGAUCUGCUUCAGACUUUACGAUUGAUCGCAUCGUGAUGAUUUUUCAGCCUGCAUGUCUGCAUUUCGCAUUGCGCGCCACAAGUGCAUUGCUUUCCAACGGCAGAUCGUUGUGA